GGGGGGGUGCACCCCUUUUUGACCCAUGAGAAGGAGUCUCGAAGAAAAGGAUAACUAUGUAUUGUAUGCUCGCGGAAGAGAUGGAGAAGCUAUGCUUUUUUGAAGUGCAAUUGUAGAUGUAGAGUAAGACGCACCCCUCCCUUGGAAAAUUCCUAGGGAACGUCCCUGUUAUGCUAUAUCUGAUAAUAGCUGACGAAUAUGAAAAUCAAAUCAAACAUCAACAUAAUCUAAGUUCCGGAAAUCAUAGAGUAUUAAUCGGAAGUAGAAUGCGGGCGUCCAUUUCCCCUUCCAAAAAGUUUUGCCUAAAAACCAUUCAUGUCGAGGUUUUUUUAUAAAUAAAGUCAUAAAUCUUGAAUGUAGAGCUUACAAAGAACACUAAAAUGCAAAUUCUGACAAUUUUCAAAAAUUAUACUGAACUUUUUAUUAUCUGAUUGCAUUGCUGCUGUACUAUAGCGCACUGUACGCCGGUUGAUGUUACCUCAACAUAAGAAGUUACAUAAAUGGGUUUUCUACAAUCAGUAAUAUGAUAUUUUUUUAUUUUUCCAGGCUAGACUGUCGCAAUGCACAAUAUACCACUCGACGUCCUCGACAAAAUGUUUAGUCAGAUCGCUCAAAUCACCGACACGCUCUAUCUGAGCAGCGCCAUGCCAGUAAAGCCAGACAAACUGAAGCAACUAGGCAUAACAUUUGUCGUCAAUGCUACAACAAAUGUUCCACCUCUCCGUGUUUCUACUAUAGAGACGUAUAAGAUUCAUAUAGACGAUGUACCAGGUGCAAGGCUGUCGACCUAUUUCGAUAGUUGUGCAGAUAAGAUAAAACAAGUGACUAGUCAAGGUAGAAAAGUACUAGUACAUUGUAACGCUGGAAUAAGUCGCUCUACAUCUUUGAUAUUAGCAUAUCUGAUGAAACAUAGAAAUAUGACACUAAAACAGGCGCAUAGUCAUGUUAAACAACAAAGACAAUUUGUCCGUCCUAACCCAGGAUUCUGGAAACAGCUUGUGGCGUAUGAGAAAAAAUUAAAAGGAACGAACUCAAUUGUCAUGGUGAACACACAUUUGGGGGAAUUACCGGACAUUUACGUUGAGGAGGUGAAAUACAUGCAACCAGUACCCAGUAAGGCGACCCCUCCACGCCCUGCAAUGAAGAAACGAAAUGACUCGCAUUAUCAAACUAGCUAUCAGGCUGAUUUUGGGCCAAAACGAUGAUGCCAAUGAUGCUUAUAUCUAAAUAUUUGCUAUUAUUGUUUUGGGAUCAAAUAUUCUAGAAUGCACGUCAUUCCAAAGUAAUAUAAUAUUUUAAUAUUUUGUAACAUAUAACGGUGUAAGGGCUCAUAUUCUUAUAUCUUCAAAGAUCUAAAUCUGGAUGUUGCACAAGCUUAGCUCACAAAACAACCUAAUUGAUUCUGAUAAUGUUAUCAGUUCAACAGCACUAUCCUUUAAUUAUGUAUGAAGGAAAUUGUUUUAUCGGACAUCUUCUUGUUAUGGAUGUUCUCUAGCAUGGCAAAAUGAAAUAAAAUUACUUCUUUAAUCGAAGUGAAAAUAUAUCAUGUAUGUUGUAUAUAAAACUGUUGCGUCACCACCAAGAAGUCGUGACAUAAUUGUUACAGUCAUCGUUUUGUGACUGCUUCUAUUAAAAUUGUUACGCUUUUGUUAUUUUUAACAUCUCAAGAAGUUAUCUUCAUUUUCCUCGGUACAUUUAAGUGGGGCACAAAUAGAGAUGUUUUAACAGAUUAAUAUUGACAACAUAUGUUGCCAUUGCCAUGACAACGAAUAGUAAUAACUAGUAGAACUGAUUGUAAUAUACACAUACGCUGUACCCAAGAUAUUAUGGCCAAGUUCACGCAUUCAGGGAACGCC